ACUCACUUCUACUUCCGCUUCUUCUUUCCACAACAACACGCUCAAAACAGACUUAUAUGCGCUUAGAUAUUGCAUAAUUUAAAUGCAGUAUUCAAUUUAGUAACUCUGUUAACAAAACAAAUUGCCUUUUAUAAUAGUUCAUCCAAUUUUGGGAUUUUGCUGUGGUUAAAUUCACUUUAAAGCGCACCGGGAGAAUAAAUGUGUCUGUAAACGCGGUCCUGCUAACAGCGUCUGACUGUUAGCAUAGCUCCAGUAUUUGAUGGCAACGUGUACUCCACCCUCUUUGCCCGUGUUAAGUCAAAAGCAACGCCGAGCUGCUCAGAGGAAAGAGAGAAGAAAGCGUAAACGCCAAGCUCUCGCCCAAGCCAGAGACUGUGGUAUCGACUUCUGUUCAUCUGCUGCCGAUGAUACUAAUGGUGGUGAGCGGUCAUUUGUUCAGGGCAAUGAAAACACCAACGGUGUCAUUGUUUUUACAAACACAGGAAUUUGCACACCUGAAAAGGAAAUAAAUGAAGAUGUUGACGACGUUGAUCUAUCUGAGCAGGAAAGAUUGCGUCUGCAUGAAGAGUGGGUAGAACGAGAGCGGCUGGCUCAGGAGGAGUUCAGAUUGAGAUGUGAGAGGGAGGAGGCCAUAAGGAAGAGAAAAGAGGAGGAGGAGAGACUGAUAAAGGAGGAAUGGGAGGCUCAGCAGACGAGAGACCAGGCAGCAAAGGAGCAGAAACUGCAGGAGAAACGAGACAAAGAGGAGGCUGUCCAGAAAAUGUUGGACGAAGCUGAAAACCAGCUUGAAAAUGGACAGCGGUGGGUAAAUCCUGAGCCUCCAGAAACAGACAAAUCUGAGAACUAUGGAACAGAGCGCGACGUGGCCAACUGUCCGUUCUUCCUGAAGACUGGAGCGUGUCGAUUUGGAGACAGAUGUUCUCGGAAGCACGUCUAUCCCACAUCCAGCCCGACGCUGAUGGUGCGUGGUAUGUUUACAACCUUUGGCAUGGAGGAGACGUGCCGUGAUGAUUACGACGUGGAUGCCUGUCUGGAACACAGCGAGGAAGACCUGCUGGAAUCUUUCCUCGACUUCUACCAUGAUGUGCUGCCAGAGUUCAGAAGUGUUGGCAAAGUGAUUCAGUUUAAGGUCAGCUGUAAUUUUGAGCCACACCUGAGAGGAAAUGUCUAUGUUCAGUUUGACACUGAGGAAGAGUGUAAAGAUGCCUUCAUCAAAUUCAACGGGCGGUGGUAUGCUGGCCGUCAGCUUCACUGUGAGCUUUGUCCCGUCAACAGAUGGAAAAAUGCAAUAUGUGGAUUGUUUGACAGAAGGAAGUGUCCCAAAGGAAAGCACUGUAACUUCCUGCAUGUGUUUCGCAACCCUGGCAAUGAAUUCUGGGAGGCUGACCGGGACCUCCACCUGUCACCAGACCGCAACGGCUGGGGAAGUCGCAGAGAUGGGAGUCAGUCGGAGCGGCACGGCGAUUAUUCCUGGAGACAGCGUCACGGCAGCAGAAGUCCAACACGAUCAGACAGAUCACACAGUAGACGUGAGGACAGCUGGAGUCGAGAGAGGAGGAUGUCCCACCAGGACAAGGAGGACAAAUGGUGGUCGAGACACAGUGACAGAAGGAACGCCAGAUAUCUGCACAGAAGAGACAGAACUAGGAGUAGAAGUAGAGACCGAGAAGAAGACAGAAGAAGAACGAGAAGUAGAGAAAAGGACAGAGAGCGCAAGUCCAGGAACAGAAGUGAAGACAGAGACAAAGAUGGAGACACACGGGUAGAAUCCCAAGAAAGGUCAAGAAGCCGGUGGACAGAGAGUGUAAGAGAGAUAAGAAGGAGAGAAAAAAGCCCCAAGAAAUCAGAUAAAGGAAACCUGCGCUCUCGGCACAAACACUCCAAAAAGAGUAAGAAGAAAAGCAAGAAGAAACGCAAGAAGAAGAGCCACAGGUCUGACGAGAGCGCCUCAUCUGGUGACUCAGAAGAGGAGAAAGACACAGAGGACGUUGACGACAACAACCCUGCAGCAAGUCACAGUGAACAGGUUGAUGAAAACACUGAUGUAGAUGUGAACAGUGAUUCAAAGAAUCAGAUCCCAAUGUGAUGAUCAACAACAGGAGAGAACUGAACAAUUAUGAACAAAUCAGUACUUCCUUAAACAUAUUGACCACAAAAUUGUGUUUUUUUCCCCAUUAUUUAUUAAUCUUUAGUGUGUAUAUAUGUAUGGAUAUGGACAUAUACAUGUGUAUAUUUACGUGUUUGUAUAUAUACGUAUAUACAAAUACAUGUUUACACAUACAGUAUAUGUGCAUAUACAGUAUGUAUGCAUGUAAGGCUACAUGGAUAUAUGUUUAUAGAAAUAUGUAUAUUUUGCUCCAAAAUAAAACAAGGAUUCCACAUG